CUCUCAAUGACAAUUAAAGGUAUCCCGAUCCGGAGCCCUCUUUUUCCAACUUCAUGGCAGCUAGCCCAUCAUUGACCAUGGAUGCAUCCUGGUCUUCAGAAGAAUCUGAAGACUUCAUAUGGCCCACGCUGCCUAGUGAAGGAUUUGAGGAUGGUUGGCUGCAGGACUCCAUCUCUGCUGCAUCAUCUGGCUCAGCACCAUUGGGGAUUGAACCGGGACGACCCCUGUGUUCCGGUUGCGAGGCGACGCCGGGUGAAAAAUAUUGCACCAAAUGCAAUAUAAUUAUAUGCCGCUCCUGCUGCAAUGCCAUACCUACUCAUAGGGGUCCAGCUCCCAGCCACCCAGUGGUAUCAUAUCAAGAACAUAAACUUUUCAACGAGAUCGUCAGUCAUCAAGCCGUGGACGAAAAUCUUCAGCACCGGCAUGAUUUUCUCAGCCUCUGGUUUUCUGUCGACAAGGGAAAAGAUGGAAAGCUAGAACUCAAGCAGUUCCCGCGGUUUUCCAACCUGGUCAAGGAUCACAAUAACAGGCAUAGACAUGGGUCCGAUUGUUCUGUCCAGCUUGUUUCCUUUAUUGGAAACACUGGUGCGGGCAAGAGUACCUUGAUACGUGUUCUCAUGAAGCAACCAUGGGAUAUCGCACGCCUAACAUCAACCGAGGAGGUCUCAAUUUCACUACCUAUCGCGGGACGUAGUGGCAGCACGAUACCUACUUCCGGGGACGUGCAUCUCUAUGCAGUCCCCAAUGAUCCUGCCGCCGGACCGUCCAAUCUGUCGCUUUACGCUGAUUGCGAGGGUUUCAAUGGAGGCGAUCAAGAACCCUUAGCGGGCAAGGCAAAGCGAAGUGUCUUGGCGAAAAUAGGGGAGAUGAUCCACACAAAGACCACCGAAUCCCUUUCGUGGGCGAAGGACGUUCUGUUAUUCCUCAAAGGGACACACAUUUUCCCUUUGAGCUUCGAAAGCACUAGGGAAGAGGCAGUCAAAAAUCUCUUCCCGCGGCUGCUAUACAACUUCUCCGAUGUCGUCGUUCACGUCAUGCCUUGGGCCGCAUCCAGGAUGCUGGAACACGUCAUUGUCAAUCUCCUGGAUUGGGCCCAAAAUUCUCAGAAAACAGCCGUAAACAGAGUUAUCCUCCCGCACAUGAUCGUGGUCUUGAACGUGGACCUGAGCGAGGAAGUCGACUGGAACACUGCCACCACUACCGAGAGAAUCCUUAAUGAGCAUCUCAGAGCUCUUGAGAAUAACCAGACCAUAAGCACCUAUUGCUGGAUGCUCAACCAACUGCGAAAUUCUCCUAUUACGACCAUCCGUGAGUUACUGAAUUGCUGCUACUCGUCUGUGCAGUUCAUUAGAGUUCCACCAGCGGAGAAGCAACAGUUGUUCUCCCGCCAGGUUCAGACACUUGACUCGCUCAUUCACGAAGCAACAAUACAGGCUAGGGAAACCAAGGCCGAAGCACGUUGUCUCCUCCAUUCGGAAACCCAAGAUAAAAUGUUCAAGAUGGCCUUUGAACACUACAAGAACAACCUCGAAAAGCCCUUUGACUUUCUCGAAAGUCUACUGGCUGCCAGGCCCCUUGACAACACUCUCUCGGCAACACUUUCUGCCCUGCUGAGAGCGGCUAUGAUAGCAUAUCGUUCCACCACUGCUGAACUAUCAGGGUUCGAAUUUUGCUCGAUCAUUACCCCUACCGUAUGCUCAAUUAUUGCUCUGGACUCAUACCGAUCCAGCAGCAGGCAUCCGGGAACGUUAAGGAACAUCUACAAAGGCAGUACCCUGAAUUUCCGGGUUGGAGAAGGGGAAGAAGGCGCAGUGACAUACCAAUCUCAGUUUGCAGCCGCAAUCACGGAAUUUUUGGAAAAGUCCUGUCCCUGUGACUUCGUUUAUGAAGGGAAGAGAUGUGUCAACUCCUUUCAGGGGCACAAGGCAUCCAUGCAUCAGGAUGAGACCGGUUCCACACACUUCGGGACAUUUGAAUCCAAGUUUGUUGAUGAUUGGACUCGGUGCUGGAACGCAGUGAUCGACGAUUGCUUUAGUGAGUUGGAUGACCCUCUUGGUAAGCCUGGUACUGCCGAGCAGCCCGAGGAGUCGAUGAUGGUCUGGUCUGCUCACUGCCUGAACCUUCGAAACCUCUACUCUGAUCUCCCCCAAUUGGACAUCACAAAGAUCAAAACCUGCUCCUGGUGCUUCUAUGGCGAACCGUUGAGGUCGCUGGAGUGUGGCCAUCGGGUCUGCUGGGCAUGUGCCGAGCUGGUGGGUGACAGCCAAGCAGGGUCGUCUAACGAGGAUAAGAUAGUCGUCGCCGUGGGCAGUUGCGAGCUCCAUCCUACUUUAGUCCGCUUCGAAAGCCCCAUUCACAUUAUCAAAGAGUCAGACACUACAGCUAUUGUACUUUCAAGUCGGACAUAGUCUCUUAAGUACGAGGGUAUCAGUUUGCAUGGCAUCGAAGACUUGCCGUUUGAACUUUUAUCUUACGAGCUGGGUCAGAUGGCUUGGUACUGUGCGUUUGUCCCCGAGAGUAUAGCUGUAUAAAUCCUAAGAUACGUAUUACGGGCCCAGGAUGAUGAGUGC